UGAUGCUAUAUGUCGCCAUCUUUUAUUAGAAAUGGGCAGCUGUUGCAAUUGAACGGGAAUAAAAACGCAAAAUAAACAAGAAUAACCACACUCAGCAUUAUUUUUUGACUUCCGUUUUGUUGGUAAUCAAGUGCCGGAAUGCCCAAAAGGAAGGCCAAGAACGAGGACCCCGAGGAUCUGCAGUCCUUCCUCAACGAUAUUCACAAGGAAACCGAGGGCAGCAGCGAUGACAAGGUGGUGGACACAAUUCUGAAGGCCAUCAGUGCCGAGGAUGGUGAUUUGGAUGAGCACGAUGACGAGGAGGCAGCUGGGUCCAACCAAGAGGAGCAUCAGGCAGAAGAGGAGGUCGCUGCUGAGGAGGAGGAGGAGGAAGAGGAGGACGACGACGACGACAAGUACUUCAUAGAUGACGAGGGCAACUGCUACAUCAAGACGACGCCCAGGAAACAAAAGGAGCUGCAGAAGAAGCUUAAACAGGCGGCUGUCAAGCCCGGUAGACCCGUCCGAUCGGUGGUCAGCAAAGCUACCAAUAAAUCCAUCAAUCUGCGUCCGGCCAAAUCGCCACCAAAAGCCGCCACAUCGAAGGCACCACCAGCGCCCAAGGAGAAUACCAUUCGUCCUGCCCAGGUAGCGGCGACCAAGUCGAAGCAGAUCGAGCUGCCUCCUCCACCGGCACCAGCUCCAAAAGUACCCGCCACCAGGGGUAGGCCGAGGAAGAACCCGAUCACACCGAAACCCGAACCCCUCGAUCUGGAGCGAGAGAUCGAGGAACUGGUGGAUGAGCCCGACAUCAAUGCAGUGGUCAACGAUUUGGCGGACUAUGCAGUGGACAGUGCCGACAUUGAGGCAGCCUCCUCGGCACUGGAAGCAACCGAGAACGAGGUCUACGAGUUCGAGGAAACAGCAGAAGUGGAGGCGGCUAAUAGCAAGAAGGACUAUGUGUUCAACGCCUUGGAGGUAUUGCCGAAUCCGAAGCCGUCUUCAAAUGACUCGGGACCAAAGUACUUAUGCCCCCACUGUCCGUACGCGGCGAACAAAAAGUUUUUAGUGACGCGACACCUUCGGAGUCAUGAAGCCGAACAGGCCUAUAAGUGUUCCAUCUGCGAGAGAUCCUUCCGAUCGAACGUGGGACUGCAAAACCACGUGAACACGCACUUGGGCAAGAAGCCGCACAAGUGCAAGUCCUGCGAUAGCGCCUUUACCACAAGCGGCGAGCUGAUCCGGCACACGCGCUACAAGCACACCAAGGAGAAGCCGCACAAGUGCACGGAGUGCAGCUACGCCAGCGUGGAGCUGACCAAGCUGCGUCGCCACAUGACCUGCCAUACGGGCGAGAGGCCGUAUCAGUGCCCGCACUGCACCUACGCCUCGCAGGACAUGUUCAAGCUGAAGCGGCACAUGGUGAUCCACACGGGCGAGAAGAAGUACCAAUGCGACAUCUGCCAGUCGCGAUUCACGCAGUCCAACUCGCUGAAGGCCCACAAGCUCAUCCAUAGCGUGGUGGACAAGCCGGUCUAUCAGUGCAAUCUCUGUCCGACGACAUGCGGCCGAAAGGCUGACCUGCGCAUUCACGUCAAACACAUGCACACCGCCGGCGAUCUGCCGAUCACUUGCCGGCGUUGCGGCCAGCAGUUGCCAGAUCGCUACCAGUAUAAGCUUCACGUGAAGUCGCACGACGGCGAGAAGUGCUACAGGUGCAAGCUGUGCAGCUACGCUUCGGUGACUCAGCGCCAUUUGGCCUCGCACAUGCUCAUCCACCUGGACGAGAAGCCGUUUACAUGCGAGCAGUGUCCGCAGACCUUCCGCCAGCGCCAGCUGCUGCGCCGCCACAUGAAUCUCAUGCACAACGAGAAGUAUCAACCGCCUCAGCCGCGCGCCAAGCAGCACCAGUGUCCGACCUGUGCGCGGGAGUUCACCCACAAGGGUAACCUUAUGCGGCACAUGGAGAUGCACGACGAUUCGGCCAAGGCUCGUGAGAAGCAGCGCCGACUGAAGAUGGGUAGAAAUGUGCGCCUGCAGAAAGAUGGCACUGUGACCACGGUGAUCAAGGAUAAAUUCAUAGAUAUGGCCGAUGAAGAGAGCGGCGAGGAGGACAACCCGGAGAGCUAUGACCUGGCUGAAAUCGAACCAGAGAACACGGAUGAUGAAGAUACCGAAGUUAUCAUACCCAAUAAUUUCAUCCGCAAGACCACACAGCCUGCACCUGUCAUUAUCAACAAGCAGGCCAGGCUGGCAGGCUCUGACAAUAAGCCCACGAUUAUAAAUCGACGCCUCCGCUCUAAAACGUUCCGCAUCAAGGAGGAGCCAGAGAACUCGGACUUCACCGUGGAACUUCAAGGUGAUGACGGCGGGGUAAUGGUCGUGGAGCUGGUUAAUGGCGAAGGCGAAGUAGUUGUCAAGCGCGAACCCAGCGGAACCUCCAAUAUUAAUGCCAGCAAUUGCUUUGGUUUCGAGGAGGACGAUGAAUAUGAAGAUUACGGGAAUCAGGAGAACGGAGUUGAUGGCGCUUCACAGGAGUUCCUCCAGCUGAUGGAUAUGAUAGAGCAGGAUUCUUAGUCUCCUGAAAAACAAAAAGUAUAAAUAAGUAAUUAGGGCUAAGCUAUGUACAUACCAAGAAUACCAUAACGAAUUCGACGUUAUAUUGUUUUCUAUAAAUAUAAGCUUUAAUAGCUUGGAUAUUUGUCCCGAAAUGGUUUGGCUUUUGUUCAUUAACCUAUCCUGAACUAUUGUUUUGAUGUUUUUGUAAAAUGUAGUUAAGAUAUCCAAUGGCUUAAUGAACCCCAACACGUAUCUUUUAGUUGACAACUUGGCAUAAAUAUUUAUUUAAAUACA